CUCGCGAACAACUGGGUUUUAUCCGGCGCAGCUGCCGAUUCGCAUUUACGGGGCGGAUUAUACGUCGAACGCGUAACAUACCCGGCACAGUCGCUUUAGUGGCACUAAAAUCUCAGAGCCGGCUUACACACGUUGCGCCGGAGCGGCAAGGCGUAAUCCAUGCGCCCUUGUAGGGAUGGUGAAACGUCCAGUUACGUCCACGGCGGUUCGCGAAUCGCCGCCGAGAAGAGAGAAUAUAAUUAAAAACGAACGCCCGUUAUUUUCUCGAUUGAGAACAACGCUGCGGCGAACGCCGUCCGGAACAUAAAUCACGCGGAUUCCGCCGUCGCAUUGCUUUUUGCUAUCUUUUUAUUCGCGUACGGUUAUUAUAUGGUGGCUCUAUAUGGAAGCUCGAAAUGGUCGUCAAUUUAUGCGUUGAAUACAAUGCGCGUCUGAAAAUGGAGUGUCUCGAAGGAUUCGAAGUAUACCAUUGGAUCGGUGCAAGAAACGUUUUCUCUGCUCCGUUAAGUUUGACUGUGCUGUCUUGAUUGGAUAGUUAUAAAUUGAUAGUGCUGUGUAAAUCUUCCGAAAUGUACACUCACGAAGAGAUAAUCGUCAAUCUUCCUCCUUUACGAAUUCCACGUUUGAGGCAUCAUCGCGUCACAGAUUGGGAUCCGUAUUUUGAGAAUGCGGAUGGCCAGGGUAUCAAUGGUUCUCAAAAUGUGGCAUUGCAUCUUGGUGCAACAGCCCUCCUUGAUUGUCGCGUCGCUAUGCUCUCCGGCAGGAAGGUGAUGUGGCUACGACGGAACACAGAUUGGGCGUCCCUCCUAACUCUUGGUAAUGCUACCCACAUAUCGGACUCAAGGUACAGCGUGAGCUUCCAGUAUCCAAACAAUUGGAGAUUGGCCAUUUCUGGCGUGCGUAGGGAAGAUCGCGGAGUCUACGUCUGCCAAGUGAACACGCAUCCACCAAGAAUGCUGAUCACGAACGUCACUGUUCUCGCGCCGGAUAUCAGGAUCAUCGACGAGGCCAGACAUGAGCUACGCGAUCGAUACUACAAAACCGGAAGCAGAAUCGAGCUAGUGUGCAUUGUCCGGCCGUCUUGCCCCGAUUCAAAGGUGCCGUAUCCGGUCUGGCGGAAAAAUAGCGAGGCGCUGCCGGAUUACGUCAACGUUUAUCACAUUAAUGGGACGAACGAGGAUGUGGUGACGAAGCUCUAUAUCGAACGAGCGAAAAAGACUGACAGCGGAGAAUAUACGUGCUCAGUGAGCCAAUUCAGCACGACCGCGGUGCACAUUCACGUCCUAAAUGGUGAGAAACAAGCUGCUGUCCAUCACGAUCAGUGGAAUGCAGCGUGUACCAAUCGUCACAUGGUUUUCACUGAGUUCUGCACCGUAUUUGCUUAUUUUCUUCUCUACAUAUGGCGCAGUUACUCAUUCUGAAACUGAUUUUUACAGAUGCCGAUGUUAAGUUUAUAUUAUAUAUUAUGCGAGUUUGUGCAUCGACUUGCAUUUCGAUGGCGUUUCUGUAAUCUGCGACAAUGUACCUUGAUCUCAAUAAUAUGUGUUCUUGAUCGAUAUACGACAGUCAUAUUAUGAGCGCAACCUGUUGAAUAAAUCUGUGUCAGUGUAUUAUAAAACUAUAAAUAAAUAAAAUAAAAUAUUGAUAUUAAAAUAA